UGAUCUUGAUAUUUCACCAGUCGCCUAGCUUCACUUCUACUCAAAGCCUCGGGACUUCAGAGUCUCUCUCUCUCUCUCUCUCUCCCCUAAACUUCAUUUUCAAGAUCCAACCUUUUUCAAACAAUUCCAUUCGGCACUUAUCAAUUUCAAUUCUCCAGAUUAAAAGGUAAUUUUAAAAAAUCAAACACCUACCAAUUAGCUCAAACACACUUUCAAGAUUCAAUCUUUCAGAGGUAAGUAAAACAAACCCAUUUGUUAUGUACACUUGAUUUCACUGUUAUAUAUUUGUUUGUGCCUACUGUGUGUUUUGUGAGUUGAAUUUAAUUUGGGUCUUGGAUCAAUGAAGGAGCUGAAUCCUACAACUGACCCAAUUGGGCAAAACCUGAUCAAAGUGAUAAGCAAUGUUUGUUUCUCAGUUUUUGUGUUUUCAGUUCUAAUAUGUACUGUGAUUGCCAUUGUAUACCAACCACCUGAUCCAUGGGAAUCCUCUAGAGCCUUAACUAGGGUCUUUACUCAAUUUGAGAACGCUACAUUCCAGACCGACACAUCGGUUCUUAAAACUGGGGAAGAUUUUGCUGUUAGUCCAUCAGCAUCGCCUGCUGCGAUGACGAUCCCGCUUACUGAUGCAAUCAUUGAGAAGUCGGCGGAGAGUGUUCAGAACUUGUCGCGGGCUUGCGAGGAUGUGAAUGUAGUGAAUUGUUCUGAUCGUGGUGUUUUGAUUGCGAUUCAGAAGUUUAAUAUGAGGUUGUUUAAGUCGAUCGUGUUUUUGGAGUAUCAGGUGCCGGUUGAUGGGGGUAAAUCUGGUGAAUGUGAUGUUGCUUGGAGGUUUAGGAAUAAGAAAGAGAAGUCUUGGAGGAAGUAUAGGGAUUUUCGGAGGUUUAGAAUUGGGUAUGGUGAGAAUUGUACCUAUAAAGUUGUGGGUGCCAAAGGUUGGCAUUCCGGGUUAAACGCCCGUAGACCUAGAAGGAGAGAUAAUGGCACUAGUAGAGGUGACAGAGGUAAGGUUACUGCACCAUUCCGUGAUGAUGAGAUUAAUGAUACGAUUCCGGUGUUGGGGUCAGAUACAGAUUUUCGAAAGGGAAGGUACUUGUAUUACUCACGUGGAGGAGAUUAUUGUAAAGAAAUGAAUCAUUAUAUAUGGAGCUUUUUAUGUGCUCUUGGGGAGGCUCAGUACUUGAACAGAACUUUUGUGAUGGAUUUGAGUGUGUGCUUGUCGGCAACGCAUUCAACAAGUCACAAGGAUGAGGAAGGAAAGGAUUUUAGGUUCUAUUAUGAUUUUGAACAUUUGAAAGAGGUGACAUCAAUUGCAGAGGAGAGCGACUUCCUUAGAGAUUGGAGAAGAUGGAAUAAGUCUCAUAAGAAGAAAAUUCCUCUUAGAAAGGUUGUGAGUCAUAAAGUCACGCCAAUGCAACUGAAGAAUGACAAGAGCACGAUUAUCUGGAGGCAAUUUGAUGCUCCUGAGCCAGAAAAUUAUUGGUACAGAGUUUGUGAAGGUCCAGCUGCAAAGCAUAUUCAGAGGCCAUGGCAUGCUCUGUGGAAAUCAAAGAGACUGAUGAAUAUAGUGUCUGAGAUUAGUGGACAAAUGGACUGGGAUUUUGAUGCAGUUCAUGUUGUUCGGGGAGAGAAAGCACAGAAUAAGGAAAAAUGGCCGCAUUUGGAUGCUGAUACAAUGCCAGAUGCCCUUGUCGCAAAGUUGCAAGGGGUUAUUCAACCUUGGAGGAACUUGUAUAUUGCAACCAACGAACCAUUUUAUAAUCACUUCGAUAAAUUGAGGUCUCACUACAAAGUUCAUUUGCUUGACGAUUACAAGAAAUUAUGGGGAAAUACAAGUGAAUGGUAUAAUGAAACAAUGAUGUUAAAUGGGGGCCACCCUGUUGAUUUCGAUGGUUAUAUGAGAGUUGAAGUAGACACUGAGGUACUCUAUAGGGCAAAGACGCGGGUGGAAACAUUUUAUAACUUGACCAAAGAUUGCAAGGAUGGAAUUAAUACAUGCUGAAAACGUCAGGGGCAUCUUCUUUUGGUUUUGUAUGUUUAUUUAGAUAUUAUUUUGCCAAAUUCGUAUGUUGUUUCACUUAUAUAAUAGUAACAUUUGAUCUGCACAAAUUUUCUGUAUUUAAUUUUUAAUGCUUUGUUGUACUAUUUGUUUGUUCAUUAAUUGCAACAUGAUGGUUCACUUCUGUCAA